AUGGCGAGCAAGCGUCCCACUGCUCGCGGUGUCGAGACUGCCUCCGAGGAGUACAUCAUCCUCGACAAGAAUGGGAAGCCUACCUUGAACCCUCGCCUACACUUCUUCGCUCGUAGUCGAGCUAAGCAACCAGUUCUAUUCUGGCACCUCCUCACCAAGUACCUCGCACUCGACAUCGAGUUCCAGCGAGUCAAGAUCGCCGGCCGUGACAAGCAAGUCCAUCGCAUCGGCAGAUUAACAGUCAUCAAUAAGGAUGGAGAGGUGAUCUACGAUGUAUUCGUGUGGUACCCAGAGCUUCAUGGCCACACCAAGACCCUCUCUGCACGAUGGAGACGUCUCGGUGUGUACUGGGAGGACAUCCAGAUUGAGAAUGGCGCCGUGCCAGUUGGGGAAGUCGAGCAGAACUUACGUGCCAUGCUCGAGGGACGCAUUGUCAUUGGCCAUGCUAUCGAGAACGAUAUCAAGGUAUGCAGCCCAUUUGUCUGGGAAGGCAUCGAGAUCCGCAACACCCAGAAGCACAAGUACUACCAGCAGCUUCUCGGUAUACGCCAGCCUGGACUGGCUCGACUGGCUCCUCACGUCGUUGGCCACGCCAUUCAAGGCAAGGAGCACUGCAGCUGCGAAGACGGAUGCACUACCUUGGCCCUGUGGAAGUACCGCCGAGGAGCCAUGGAGGAAGAGCAGGCUGGCUGGAUCUACCGCGGCGCUGCUACCGAAGAGGAAGAUCUCGACUUCGGCGACGCGGAUUUCGAAGACACAUAUUACGAAGAUGAGGAGAACGAAGCUAUCCGAGAGGAACUCACUACAUACGCCGCAGAACUCGCGAAGAUGCCACUCCCUGAUUCAUCGUCUUUUUGGCAAGCUGGAGCUGCUCAGGCAAAGCAAUCAGAGACCACGAGCUACAACAUCCAGUCCACUCCGAAGGUCACUACGCAACGGCGUCAACCCACUUCAACUGCAAAGACUGCGACCAAGUAG